GCGUUUUCGCCUCUCGAAAGAUCCAAUAAAAACCCUCCACCUCGCCGGCCGUUGCCACAGACGAUGGUCCUCUUCUUCGAUCUCAGCGUCCCCUAUCUCGAGAGGGAUGACGCCGCCGCGUCGGAGAAGAAGGCCCGGCGGGAUGCGCGGCUGAAGGCGGUGGUGAAGGCCAUGGAGCUCGGCUACGCCGCCGUCGCCUACGACCGCCCCUUCCGCGGUGUCAUGUCCGACGCCGACCGCUGCAAGAUCCCCCCCUUCCCCCUCUCCUCUCUCCUAGGCGCCGCUCCCGCCCUCGCCUCCACCGUCGCCUUCCACCGCGACAUCCUCGGCGUCCCCCUCUCCGCCUCCUUCCGCCAGUACUCCCGCCUCACCGUCUCCAUCAGCGCCAAGUCUGCCGCCGCAGCCCUCCACCCCGGGAACCCCGUGCUCAGGACCUACGACAUCGCCGCCGUCCGGCCUCUCAACCAGGUGGCCUUCGAUGAGGCCUGCAAGUUCUCUGAGGUUGAUAUAAUAUCGAUAGACUUCUCUCAGAGGCUUCCUUUCCGUUUAAAACUUCCAAUGGUAGACGCUGCAAUUAAGCGUGGGUUAUUUUUUGAGAUAACAUACUCUCACCUUAUUGCUGAUGUUCAUGUCAGGAGACAAAUGUUAUCAGAUGCCAAGCUACUAGUGGAUUGGACACGAGGGAAGAAUCUCAUCAUUUCAAGUGCUGCUUCCACUGUAAAUGAAAUUAGAGGGCCAUAUGAUGUUGCAAAUUUAUCUGCGUUUCUGCUUGGCCUCUCUAUUGAGAGAGCAAAAGCAACUAUUUCCAAGAACUGCAGAUCGCUGGUAGCUAAUGCCUUAAGAAAGAAGCAUUGCUAUAAGGAAGCUAUCAGAAUUGAAAGAAUUUUGCCCGAUGAACAAUUGGACUCUGAAAGGGUUUGGCUUAAUGACUGUAACGAUUGGGAUCCUAUCUCUAGCAGCCAAGGUGAUUUGCCAUCAUUGGAUGAUAUGACAAAGUUUUUCUCUUCUGCCGGCAAACUGUCUAAAAGUUCAAAUACGAUUGAUUUCACAUCAAUAGCUGAUGGAAUGCCAUUCGCAUUCGGUCAACAUCAAACACAGGUCUCCUCUCCUAAGAAACUGGGGUCAUCUGCUACUGCAGAUGACACCCCUCUUGCUGCAACUGGUGAUGUCACACAGCAAGGGAUGUCUAAUGAGCUUCUAGUUGAGAAUUGGAUGCCAAUGGAUACAACACCAUUAGAACAGCAAAAGGCUGUUGUGCCAUUCUCAUUCUGUCAACAUCAAACACAGAUCUCCUCUCCUAAGAAACUGGGGUCAUCUGCUGCUGCAGAUGGCACCCCUCUUUCUGCAACUGGUGAUGUCACACAACAAGAGAUGUCUAAUGAGCUUCUAAUUGAAAAUAGAAUGCCAAUGGAUACAACACCAUUAGAACAGCAAAAAUCUGUCACAAAUGUUUUGGCUUCAUCGUUUCACAUGGAAACAUCAUUUGCUAAUGCUGAAGAACCUGACCCAGAUGUCGUGGCCAAUGAGGACCUCAAAAGUAGGCAUGCUAUGAUUUCUGAUGCAGCUGAUGUGCCUAUAUGUAGUGCAGUGUCAGAGGAUUGUAAGUUCACAGAUGAGGAAAAUCUUUUGCCAUCUAAUGCUAAUCCAAUAUGUUCGACUGCUUUUGAGGUCUGUGAGCUAUCCGAUAGAUGUUUGGAGGAUCAUACAAGUCUAGAUCAGUCUGAUCAUGUUCCAGUUGCAAUUCAGACUCCUACUGAUGUCUCAGAAGAAAUGUGUUGCAUCAAUGUUGCAACUCAGAUCUCAUCAGGGGAUAAUGAGUCAUUUUUUGCCAUUUUCAUGGAGAAAGAUAUGCCAGAAGAGAAAAGAACAGAGAAAAAUGUUGAGCAAGAGCUGAAGGAUGAAAAUUUGAAUGCCUAUGGCUUAUAUUUGCAAAGCGAUAUUGCUAAGCAUCGAGAAAGUGAUGAAAGAGAGGACCUGAGCUCAUUAGCAGAUGACAUACCUUUAGAGGAUGCUCUUAUGGACAGAAAAGAGCUGGGGGUAGGAGAAGUUGUUUUGACUGAAAGUGAUGAAGUAUUGAAGGAGUUUGCAUCUAACAAAAAUAAACAAAUAGAAAACAAUUCAGCAGCUCCGAACGGGGGCACAUCCUGCAAGAUUAAGUCAGUGAAACGAGGAAGCAGGCAAAGGCCGGUCUAUCCAGCUUUCCCAUUGCCUUUCAAGGGUUUGUUUAAGCCAAUGCUUUUCAAGAAGAAAAUGUGUCAGUUCCGAAGACCAAGAAAACAUUUAGUUUGGUGAUCUGGGUUAACUAAUUCUGAAUUGUUAGAGCUUCGAUGAGUGUAAUAAAUUUGGAGAAUUACAGUAAGCCAGGCCUGAUAGUCAUCCCUUGUUGUGGUCAUCAAUUAUAUUGUUUGACUUUACGGGUUGUAAUGGCAUAUUAUAUUUUGCUGUUUGGGUGUCAAAAAAUUUCUGCUGAUGGAAGCCAUACUCUCUUGCCACCUCAAGAAUGUCAUUCUAACCUUUUAUAUUACAUAUCGACAGUAUAUUUCCAGUAAAGAACAAUAUAAGUCAUUCUGACCUAUAUGCUGCUUCUCCUUGGCUUGCAUAAUUUUUCUAUUUUAAGAUGUUAUUCAACCGAGCCUUUUUGCACCAACUAUUGUAAACCCAAUUAUGAUUGUAUAGAUAAAAUUAUUUUGCUUGUUAAUCUAGUAACAACAGCUUGAAGACUGA